UCAGGAUUUUAAACAAGUUGGGGGCAAGAAACACUUUUAUUUCAUACAAUGGUAUCGCUUUCCGCAGUCACACGUACGCCUAUACAAAUGUAAUUGGGGAAGAGUUCCAAUACUUCGGAAACACAGGAGACGCACUCAACCGUGACUAUUUCCCGCGGUCAAAACACACCAAUCAAAUGCGCCUGUCUCCAACAAUCAGUCAGACACGGCGGUGAGUGUAGACUGCGAGUACUGCCAACCAAAUGUGCCCAUCAUCUCGUUCUCAUAACAUGUUUCGUCUUAUUUCACUGAAUGAAAUAAUUCUUAUCUAGAAAAUAUGUUGCACGUGUAUAUAUAAAUGUACAGUGUUAUAAGGGAGUUUUAUAGAGGGUUAAUUGUUAGCGAAAGUUUAAUAGAUUUUCCUGUAAAAAUCCCCUGCGGAACUAGGGUUGAUUUCUAUCGCGAUCGGAUUAUAUGUGAUUUUGGGAGACAGCGUUGAGGAUCUAUCCGUCGGCUGUGGUGCUCGUUUAAGUAUGGUGAAACUGUCAGAUUGGUUGAAACUAUCACUAAGAAGGAGCUAACAUAGAUAUUCCCUAAUUCACAUUCUGUGAUGAACGAUCAUGUGGAAAAGUCUCACUAUGAUAAUUGCGGUAAUACUCGGAAAGGAUCUCUGUCUGUUUGCAGAAUCAUCAACUUGUUUACUUGGAAAGGCUAGCUACGCGGACGGAGAUGUUUGGAAAUUCAACGAAUGUGUCAACUGUACGUGUAAUGGAACGCGUGUUGAGUGUGUGAAGGAGCUAUGCCCCUCACCUACUUGUACGGAACCUAAAAUAGUGCCCGGAGUAUGUUGUCCGUUCUGUGAAGAUUUUGCCAACCUUCCUCCUACAGUCGUGCCGGACGACAAAAGGGAGGAUAAAAUCGGAGGACAGGGUUGUGAGUACGACGGCAACACGUACGCGGACGGCGAAGUAUUCAACUCCAACUCGACGGGCAUCAUACUGAACGCUGACAACCAGUGUAUCAACUGUAUAUGUACGAAGGGAGAUGUACUCUGUUACUUGAAAACUUGCAACAUUCCCAAGAAGUGUAAGAAAUGGCUGAACCAUAGUGACAAUUGUUGUCCGCAAUGUGCAGACGACGCUAACGCCUCGCUUGAUGAGAACGGUUCUUCAGUAGACCCAGAACAAAAAGCUGAGUACGAUUGCCUGGACUCAGAAGGGGCCAUCCACGAAAACGGUUCAGAAUGGCGGCCCCAAGUGUCCAACUGUGUCACCUGUUCCUGUCUGAACGGGGAAAUAGACUGCCAAAAACUGACAUGCCCUACCGACGAUCUGCUGCCCUGUAAGAACCCAAGACGGCGGGGGAACUCCUGCUGUAAGUCAUGUCGCAGGAAGAAGAAACCCAAAAAGGAAUGCUUGACGAACUUGCGAAGGAAGAACAAAAGAAACAAAAAGAAAAAAGGAAGAAGGCAAGGAAGAAAGAGAAACCGGAACCAAGUAGGUCAGUCGGGGACUUCACCAGGUGUGGAUGUGACCUCACUUCCUUCAAUAAGAGAUAAUAUUGAUAUACAUAAUUUGACAAUUCCUGAGUUUUUUGGACAAAUGUGCAUGGCCAAGAAGCGAGACCACAUAGUGUACCGGUAUGUGGAUAGCAGAUAUCUCUUUGUGGCGUUCGACGACGCUAAGUCACAGGAGGUGGAAGUCUGGCGGUGGCGUCUCAAACAGCGAGCUUGCGUCGCAAAUCAACCAGCGCAGAAGCAGAAGUGCAAGGCUAUGUCCGCCAACAUCCGUCUGUCAGCUUUGGAGAAGUUCAUGUUUCCGUCUGACCAUUUUCGGAAACAGGCCACACAGGAAAUGAUUUUUGGCUCCACAACAAAAAGACAAGUGAAGAAUUUUAAGAAAAAGCUUACGAGGUCGAUGGCGAAGUGUUCGAAGAGAAGUAAAUGCCGUGUGAAAGUGGUUACGAGAGCUUUCUAUAAACACAUCGAACUGAAACAUGUCAGCUACAAUUGUAACUGCUGAUUGGCCAGGCUGUGCACAUGCGGAAUGCAACGUGUUCGCUGAUUGGUGGAAAGUUACUGGACAUACUGAAUUGUGAUUGGCUGGUAUAUACUGACAGAAAUGUGAUUGGUGAAGUUCUAUUGGACUAUGACGGCUACUGGAUAACAAUGUUACUCAUUGUUUCCUACGUUAACGGCUGAGGUUUGAUGUCCUUUCUAUUGGGGACCGGAAGUGACAACGAAGUAAGAAACUUGUUGCUGAGAGAUAACAUUAAUGUAUUUUUCAAUAGUUACAUAGUUUUUACAUGUAGUUUAUGGACUGAUGUCGACGACGUCUGCAACGUUUAUUAAUGUAGCAUACUAGUGCUGAUGUAGGUUCUAGUUCACUUAGUGGUUCAAACUGAGUGCUUCAUGCUUCUGUAGCAACCGUAUAUAGGAUAAAAUUUUGAUGAAACCUAGAACAAAACAAAAUGACAUUUUAUUGAUUUUAUUUAAUAUAUAUUAAGUGAAUUGUCCUGUAAUUUAGUGGCAGUUUAUUGUGAAAAGGAUGGAGAAAACGCGGAUGAAUGCGAGAUAGUAAGAGUUGUUGAGUCAAUGAGUAAAUUGGGGUAUUAAGAAAGAAUAGGAUUGGUGAGCGUAAGUCAAUGACUUAUCAAGUCGCUAUUUCGCUUUUUUCUUGAAAUGGCAUUACAUUAACGCUUUCCAUUUCUUCCUGACAAACCGACUUGAUGGCAUCAGAUUUGUGUAUGCGAUGCGAGAAGAGGUGUAGUGUGUGUCACUGGGCACUGUCGUAAGACGUCUAUAUAUACAUAUAGUUACUUAUAUAAUUACGAUGUAUAUUAUGUAAAUAAAUGUACACGCGUUCAUUUUGUCAGUACAAGCAGAGGACUAUACGUUAAUGACCAGUACUUGGGUUAUGAUGUCGACUACUGGGAGUUGUAUACUUAUUACGUACGUGCUAUUAAUUUAAAGCUUUCAGAUUGAUUGUGUCUAAACUAUAAAAAUUAAGAAAA